UGCCCAAACUCCUGCCGACGGGGUUGGGGGCAUGAAUUCGGGGUGGGACAGCCGGCGGGAAGGGAGACAGGAGGACCCCCAUUCCCAGCCUUCACCCCAGUCCCCCCUCCCCCAUCCCGGGAGUCGGCCUCUCCUAGCUCUGGAUCUUGCCCCCACUCCCCUCAGGGAAUCUGGGAUCCCGCCUUUCCCCUCCCUUCCCCGGAUUCCCUCUUCCUCCAAACUUUCCCAAACAAAGAUCCCGGCAACUUUCCCGCCCUCUCUCUCUGGAUCCCCCUCUGUCUUCCUUCCCGGCCGGCGGUUGGCCACCUCCGCCCCGCAUUCCCCAGAAGGAAGGGAUCUGGAUAUGGUGCCCCCGACCAAGAUCUGACCCGUAACCUUCCCUGGCCCCCACUGACUUCAGGACCCAGUGGUCUUUGCCCCCAAGCUCCCUCCGGGAUCCAGACCCUCUCACCCACCCUGCUCCGCAGGCUGCGAAGCCCGGAUGGGGGAGCCCAAUGGCUGGGCCGGGGGCAAGGUGGAGAGCGAAGAGGGGGCCGCGGAGGAUGAGGGGUGUCCGGAGCCCGACGCGGAGGGCGUGUGGAGCCCAGACAUCGAGCUAAGCUUCCAGGAGGCCCUUGCCAUCUACCCACCAUGUGGGCGUCGCAAGAUCAUCCUCUCGGACGAGGGCAAGAUGUAUGGUCGGAACGAGUUGAUCGCCCGAUACAUCAAGCUCCGGACAGGAAAGACACGGACCCGGAAGCAGGUCUCCAGUCACAUCCAGGUUCUGGCUCGGCGAAAAUCCCGGGAGAUACAGUCCAAGCUCAAGACCCUGAAUGUGCCUCCCUGUGUUCCUCGCGAGCUCUCCGGCCUCCCAAGGGAGAGUGAGAGAGACAGAGAGAGAGGUUCUGAGGUUGGGGAGACUCAGAGAGAGGUCUUGAGAAGAGGCAGGAGAUGUGAGGACCAGGUGGCCAAGGACAAGGCCCUGCAGAGUCUGUCGGCCAUGUCAUCUGCCCAACUCAUUGCGGCCCCGGUGCUGACCCCCCCAACGCCCCCCAACCCCGGCCCCCAUGCCUCCGAAUUUUUCCAGUUCUGGCCAGGACCAGGCAGCCAGCCCCUAUCUGGACAGGACGGGAAGCAGUUCCCCCUGAUUCCGGCGCCGUGCCCCACCUUGAUGCUGCCUCCGACCCCUAUGGACCUGCCAGGAUAUGACUCCUCUCCUCCCGGUGGUCUGUCCCCCUCCCCAGGCACGUGCUCUUCCCCGGGCUGGCAAGGCCGGGUGCUGGGCACUCCCAGGUUGCAGCUGGUAGAGUUUUCCGCCUUCGUGGAGGUGCCCGACGGGGCUGGAGCCGUUCAGCGGCACCUGUUCGUCCACAUCAGCCAGGACAACUCGGGCGCCGGGGACACUCCCCUAGAGAGCGUGGACGUGCGGCAGAUCUAUGACAAGUUCCCGGAGAAGAAAGGAGGGCUGCGGGAGCUGUAUGAGCGGGGCCCCCCCAAUGCCUUCUUCCUGGUCAAGUUCUGGGCGGACUUGAACUCCGGGCAGUCAGAGGAGCCGGGCAGGUUUUAUGGGGUGACCAGCCUAUAUGAAAGUCCCGAAGACAUGACGGUCACCUGCUCCUCUAAGGUCUGCUCCUUCGGCAAGCAGGUGGUGGAGAAGGUGGAGACAGAGCGGGCACGGCCGGAGAACGGACGCUUCGUGUUCCAGCUGCGGCGUUCGCCCAUGUGCGAGUACCUGGUCAACUUUGUCCACAAGCUGCAGCAGCUGCCCGAGCGUUACAUGAUGAACAGCGUCCUGGAGAACUUCACCAUCCUGCAGGUUGUGACCAACCGAGACACACAAGAGCUGCUGCUCUGCACGGCCUAUGUGUUCGAGGUCUCCACCAGCGAACACGGGGCUCAGCACCACAUUUACCGGCUCAUCAAGGACUGAAGGGGCGGCCCCGAACCAGGUGGACCUUUCUCGUCAGCCCCCCCCUCAAAGGGGCCCCUGACUCCUCUCUGUACCCCAGGUUGGGGUCAUGGACCCGCCCGCUGGCUUGUGGGGAACAGAGAUCAAGAAUGGGGCAACCCAAAGCGGGGUGGGGGGGUUUCCAGCACCCACACACACACCCCGGAUCCCCAGGGCUGUCCAACCAGUCCUUUUGAUGCUCUUUGCUGCUCAUUUGUGGGGGGCUGAGGAGUGGCAGAAGGGGGUACCCGGAGUGGGGAGACCUUCUCCCUUCCUGAAAAUGGCAGGGUCCUGGCCUCAGGCAGGGGAAUUCCUGACGCAGGGGGUCCGGCUUUUGAAAGACUUAAAGGAUUUGGGGUUCAACUCA